GAGGCGGCGCCGGGCAGCACAGAGCCCGGCGGCACCGGCACCGGCGGCGGCACCGGCGGCGGCACCGGCAGGCAGGGACGCGCGGGGCACUGGCAGUGGCGGGGAGGGCGGUGGAGCUGGGCUGUGGGCAGCGCCGGGGACACCGGGCAGUGCAGGCAGCUCUCGGGACACCGGGCAGGGCGCGGGCAGCUCUCGGGACACCGGGCAGUGCAGGCAGCUCUCGGGACGGGCAGGGCGCGGGCAGCGCCGGGGACACCGGGCAGUGCAGGCAGCUCUCGGGACACCGGGCAGGGAGCGGGCAGCUCUCGGGACACCGGGCAGUGCAGGCAGCUCUCGGGACGGGCAGGGCGCGGGCAGCGCCGGGGACACCAGGCAGUGCAGGCAGCUUUAGGGACACCGGGCAGGGCGCGGGCAGCUUUAGGGACACCGGGCAGCACAGGCAGCUCUCGGGACACUGGGCAGUGCAGGCAGCUCUCGGGACACCGGGUAGGGUGCAGGCAACACUGGGGACACAGGGCAGCGCAGGCAGCUCUAGGGACACCGGGCAGGGUGCAGGCAGCACUGGGGACACUGGGCAGCACAGGCAGCUCUAGGGACACCGGGCAGGGACACAGAUAGUUCCAGGGACACCAGGCAGGGGCACAGGCAGUGCAGGUAGCUCUAGGGACACCCAGCAGGAGCACGGGCAGCCCCAGGAGGCCCCAGACAAGGCAGGCAGCCGGGCCGGCAGCAUGGCAAGCGGGGCUAUGGCUGCCUGGCACCCUCCAGCCCUGUUCUCCUGCCCUGCAGCCCGUGUCCCGGGGGGCUGUUGAGUGCCAGUGGCUGGACCGUGCCGGUCAGGGCAGCGCCAGGGCCAUGGCUGGCCCUGGGGGCUACUCGGUGCAAGCCACCGCGGCCAUCGCUGCCGCCAUCACCUUCCUGGUGCUCUUUACCAUCUUGGGCAAUGUGCUGGUGAUCAUCGCCGUGCUGACCAGCCGCUCGCUGCGAGCCCCGCAGAACCUCUUUCUUGUGUCUUUGGCGGCCGCGGACAUCUUGGUGGCCACCCUCAUCAUCCCUUUCUCCCUCGCCAACGAGCUCAUGGGUUACUGGUACUUCCAGAAGACGUGGUGCGAGAUCUACCUGGCCUUGGACGUGCUCUUCUGCACCUCGUCCAUCGUGCACCUCUGUGCCAUCAGCCUCGACCGCUACUGGUCCGUGAGCCGCGCCAUCGAGUACAAUGCCAAGCGCACGCCGCGCCGCAUCAAGUGCAGCAUCUUCAUCGUGUGGAUGAUCGCGGCCGUCAUCUCCCUCCCGCCCCUCAUCUACAAGGGUGAGAAGAAGGAUGCGCCCAGCGGGCGGCCGCAGUGCAAGCUCAACGAGGAGGCUUGGUACAUCCUCUCCUCCAGCAUUGGCUCCUUCUUUGCACCAUGUCUCAUCAUGAUCCUCGUGUACUUGCGCAUCUACUUGAUCGCCAAGCGCCGCCACCGCCAUGGCUCCCACCAGAGCAAGCCCAAAGUGGCCAAGCCCCCAACGCCAUCAACCCAAACCACGGCUUCCGAUGGCGCCACCAAACUACCCGGACACCCAGGAGAGGGAGAGCACCCGGGGAACCUUCCCGUGCCAGCAGAUCAGACCUCCCUGCUGAGCUCCAAGGAGCCACCGGCAGCCCCCAGCCCUGGCCAGCCCCCACCAGGGGAGCCCAGCAUGGAGCAGCCCAACGGGCACUCAACGGGCACCGGGCGCCCCAUGGACACGCUGGCCACGGGCACGGGGCGGGUGGUGCUGGUGCAGCAGGCGCCGACGCUGAGUGCCAGCCCUUGGAGGAAGAAGGCGCAGCUCAACCGGGAGAAGCGCUUCACCUUUGUGUUGGCCGUGGUCAUCGGUGUCUUUGUGCUCUGCUGGUUCCCCUUCUUCUUCCUCUACAGCCUGGGCGCCGUCUGCCCCGAACGCUGCAAGGUCCCUGACAGCGUCUUCCAGUUCUUCUUCUGGAUCGGCUAUUGCAACAGUUCCCUCAACCCUGUCAUCUACACCAUCUUCAACCAGGACUUCCGCAAGGCUUUCCGCCGCAUCCUUUGCCGCCGCUGGGCCCAGACGGCCUGGUGAGGGGCUCCGGUGUGGGGGGCUUGGUGACACGCCGGCCGGCCCCUUCCUCCCUGUUGGCUCCAUCCUCCCACCUCUUUUGAGGGUCCCGAAACCCCGCAGCCCCAGCUGCUUCCCCUCUCCAGCCGUUGGCUGCGGGUCCUUUUUCUGACCCCACGGCCAAUGGCCUUCGGGAAGGAUUUUCCCGUCCUUGGGCCCUGUCUUUUCUCUCCCCGUCUUCAUCUCUCCUUCUCCCUACUUUCUCCAUCCCCCCCUUUUUUUUUCCCCUCUGGUGUCCUGUUCAUCGUUACCGGCGGAGAGCAGACCCCAGGAGCCUGCAGCUCCCCUCCCACGCAGGCUCCCGAAGCUGCCCGCCCCGUGGGACUCCGCUUUCCCGGCUCGUCUCCAGGGCCGGCUGCUCCUCAUCUCUCUCUCUCUCUCUCUCUCUCUCUCUCCCUCUCUCUCUCUCUCUCUCUUUUUUUUUUUUUUCCUCCUCCCUCUUUUCCUCCCCAGGAUGCAAUUUUGGCUGCAGAAACCCCAGAGCUUGCGGCGGGGGCGGGGCACGAGCCGGCGCGUUAUGACGGGUUGAGCUGGUCCUUCUCCCUCUUCUCCACCUCUGUCCUGCAAGAGAUGUCCCCAAACCCUGGGGAAACCUGCUUUUUUUCUUUCUUUUCUUUCUUUUUUGCCUUUUUCCCCUCCUCUUUCUUUCCAGAGGCUGGGAGUGUCCCCAGGCGUGAGCUCGGCAGGGGCCGCAGCCCCCCACCCCGGCUGGCCGCAGGCUUUUUAACAAUAAAAGAUAUUUUGUAAUAAGAAAAA